AUGAAUCAACCUCCUUAUCCACCUCCAGGCUAUCCAGGAUAAUAAGGUUAACCAAAUUAUCUUCCACAACCUGGAUAUCCUCCCUAACCAAAUUAUCCUCCAUAACCUGGUUAUGCUCCACAACCAGGAUAUCCUCCAUAACCAAAUUAUCCACCAUAACAAGGAUACCCCCCUUAAACUGGAUAUCCUCCACAAACCGGAUAUCCUUCAUAACCUGGAUAUCCUCCACAAACCGGGUAUCCUGCAUAAACCGGAUAUCCAUAACCAUAAUUGAGAUGUAAAUAUUACGUAAUCAAUAAAGAGGUGUAAUUUGUUGUCAAUGCUUGGCCAUUAUUUAAUAAUUUCCCUGUAACAGUGACAAUAGAUGAUAACCAAUAUGUUGAUACUUUAGUGAGAAAUGCUUGCUCAUAAGCAUUAAUAAAUUAUAAUGCUGUAAGAGGAUUAAAGAUCAAACCUGGUCAAUCUAAAAACUAAUUUGGAAAGGUACUUAAAAAUAUGUUAAUAUAGGCUGAACUACUACCUCCAAAUGCUACAAUAGCUUAAGUUGCUAAUUAACAUCAAAGAGGAAAUGACAAAAUUUAAGUUCACUUAGAUUUGAUGCCCUAGAUAGGAUAGCCAAUUACAGUAUCUCCUAGGGUUGCUGGUUUCGAUUAUGCUACAUUAGAUAACUUAAAGUAAAAUCCAAGAGCUUUUGGAGAAACUGUAUGUGCUAUGUUGAAUAGUGAUGGUGGAAUUUGUUUGAUUGGGUUAGGUUAAGAUAUGAAGAUAAAAGGAUUGUUAGUACCAAAUACAAAACAAGAAAUCUAACAAACCAUUGUUUCAUUGCUUAAGGAUCAUAUUUAUCCUCCUGGAUUUUAAUCUUUAGUUAAAGUACUCAUGCGAAAUAUUUAAAUAGGCUAAAAUCCAUCCAUUGAUAGACUAAAAUGGAAUUAAGUCUUAGUUAUCAGGACUUGUUGUUUAAGUAGAAAGAUGUCCAAAAACGGAUAUUGCCUUUACUCACGACUAUGUAUUUUUUUAUAGAAAGGGAAAUGUCAAUGAGAGAGCAUAUCCACAUGAAAUAACUAAUAUUUUAAGGUAGAAAAAGGGAAAGGUUGCCAAAUAAUUUGUUUUAACAUUUAACAUUUGAUCAUUUUAUCAUUAUUAUCCACAAAAAUAUCUUAUUUAAAUAAAUA